GAUCGAGGCUCCUCCAUCCUAUUAAGGCCAGAGCAGGGGAAAUGGGAGAUGAUUUUGAGUUUCUUUCCAGGAACCACAGGUGAGAAGUUCCAGGUGCAGCAAGCUGAGAUGUCAGAGACUGUAUUAACUGGGGACACACUCACCUUGAGUUGUACUGUAUCAGAUUCACUUCCAAAAGGACCCGUCUUGUGGUUCAAGGGGAAUGGACCAAACCGGAAAUUAAUCUAUGACUUCCAAAAAGGUCUCUUUCCAAGAAUAAAACGAAUUGGAGACACCACUAAAGCUGGCAACACAGAUUUUUCCAUUCGCAUCAGUGGUAUCACUCUUGACGAUGCUGGCACCUACUACUGCAUGAAGUUCCAGAAGGGGAAACCUGACAAAGAGUACCUGUCAGGUCAGGGCACCGAAGUGUCUGUGCAUGGUGAGUAUGACCUCAUUCAUCCCCUGGUAUCGGGUAUCAUCUCCUUAAUAAUGUCCUCCAUUCACUCAACAACUGCUAGAUGCCAUGUAUGAUUG